UGUUAUUGAUGAAAUGUGUUUAUAUUUUGUUCCAUAGAUGUCGCUACUGUCAUGAGAACAUGGCCACCGUGAGACUGCAACCAUGUGGAGAUCUUGUUCUCUGCGAGAAUUGUUCUUCUGAAAUGACAUUUAAGAGAUGCCCCGUGUGUCGAGAAAACACACUCAGCAAAAGUGAAUUUGAGGCUCCAAAGUUUGAAGACAGGUGUGUACAAAGAGAGGCUACAUGUCAGGGAUUAGGGGCUGCAUCUCAGGCAAUUGCAAGGCCAAUAUUUGAAGACAAAGAGGUCCAGACAGUAGAAGAGCCACGUGCUGAGUAUAGAAUGACAUUACAUAAUUGAUUUCUAUAAAGUUUAGCUUUUACUGAGCUAUUGUGGUCAAUAGAAUGACCGAGAACAGGUUUCAUUUGAAUGAUUAGCUAUAAAGAAAUUCUGUUCUUCUACAACAACACAAAUAUCCAAUAAAUGUACUUUAUGCAAACAUCAGUUACUCAUUCACUCGCAGAAAGAAAGAUACAAAAAUUAAAUAUAAACCCUGAAACGGUUCUCUCCCGUUAAGGAGAAUAUUCACCCUGUUUGUCAUCUCAUUGUACUCAUUCAUUCUCUCUCUCUCACUCAUGCUCUUUCUCUCCGUCUUUUCAAGAAAGAUGCUGGUUAAAAGUCUCAAUACAAUAAAUGAUAUCAUCCUCAUCCUUUCUCAUCUGCUCUCCAUGCUCCCAUACACUAGGUGGGUCAUCACUGUCCAAGUCAGUUGUAUCUGAAAUUACUGCCAACCGUCAUUUGUUGAGGAAAUCAUCUCACUUAAACAUUGCAGCUUUUCUAAGGUGGUAGACCCUUUCUAACCCCAACCACUUUAUAAAGGGUCCUGGGUAUAUUUUAUUGUCGCACAAGCAUUAGAAAUGAUCAUCAAUUUCCCAACAAUAUCAAACGUUCCUUUCAAACUUGUGGUGUCAUCUUUCCUAGUUUCCACCAACCACUUCCUGGUGUGUUCUGGGAGCAUUUAAUUAUAGCACAAGUAGUAAUCAAGUUGUGUUACAUUCUACAUAAUUAGACGGUCCUCACUACUCUAUGAUGUUUUGGUUCACUGAAGCUGAUGACAUUUUCAGGAGGUGAGAAGGGAAUGUGAUGACAAAAGAAUCAGGAUGCGGGGAGAGAAAUUUGCAAUACCCCCUCUCCCGGCUGUGGUGUCUUUGUCUUACAUGUCUUUUGGCUAAAUAUGCCAGUACUUGUGCUUUAUAAAAAGGGGCCACGUACACUCUGUGAGGUGGUUGGCAUCAAUAAGAACAUCCUACCAUAGAAAACCAUGCCAAAGAAACCAUCUGGGGCCUGGUGCAGUUGUCUGGCUUGUCAGAUCCUGUCAAGAUUUCCAACCCAUUCCAGCAUGGAAAACAAACUUUGAAUGUUGAUGAUGAUGAUGAUGAUGCUGUCUUCCAGUAACUCAUCAUAAUUCUUUGUCUUAGAUUGUUACAGUAGUUUCCUGUCUGGUAUAACAUAUUAGCUCAGUAUAAUAAUAUCGAUUGUGGAAACCGGUUCAGUGAUUUUGAUAACAUUCAUAUUGAACAGAGAACAUAUGUUCACAUUUGAACAAAACAUUGAUGUUAACAUAUGCAAUACAUGGAAAGGAAUGAACGUAUGAGAUUCCAGUGUGACUUGAACUCACAACUCUUUUCUAACUAUAUAUAUAUAUAAUUAUUGCUUGUUACGAUGUUUGAAUAACGUUUACUGUCCAUAUAUAGACAUCGUUAUGCUGACAAUUGUUGGGUUUGAGAUGGUUUCAAUUGUAAGAGAGUCACUGUUUUCCGUCUUUCACAUUUUGGUUUUACUUCCGACUUGAUUGUUCUGUUGAAAUUAGAUCAUGGAACCUGGUCAUUGUUAUUUGACCAAGAAAAGAAUUCAUCAUUAGUAUUCGGUACUGGAAAUGGUUACAUUUUUCUAUGGUUUCUCAUGGAACUACCAUAAUAUCAACUGUGCUGAGACACAACCUUAUUCAUUGUAACAAAUGUCACAUGUUCUUCACACAGAUUUUAUACAAUCUAUAUUGAUAGUUAGUGUUUAUACGCCGCAUCAACAUGAUAAUUAAUCAGCUAUCAUUCAUUAACUCUCUUAAACUUGUCUGUGUGAAAGUUCCAUAGCAUUAUCUUGUACCCUCAUCUGAUAUUUUACACCUUGUUACCCUCAAAGUUAACAUAACUUUUAUAUGGGUACACAACCACAUCCCUACGAACUAGUUUUUACAGAUGUAUGCCCUUCCCACAAUAAUAAAGUGUUGAUUAUCAAUAACUAUAAUGAAAUUAUACUAUAAAACGUAAAACUUGAAAAUAUUCAUUUCAAAGACUCCAACUUCUGUGAAGGAUGCCUUGACAACAUCACAGCCAGUUGGUGAGAAGCAAAUAACAGUACCUCAUGGAUUUCUAUAAAUUUAACCUUCACCUGAGCAUUUGUAGUUUAUCAGAAUGACUGAGGACAAGAUCCAUUCCUAAUUUACAUCUGAAAUAUUAGCUGUAUAAUAAUUCUAUUAGACAUUUUGAUAUCAAUGGAAUUUCACAAAAUAGUUAACGGGGUUGGCAUGGUUC